UGACGGCAUGCCUCCCGUGUCCCCUGGCUUGAAGCUUCGGCUCCGUGUUACCAUGGAGGAGAGAAUACUCCUUCCUCCAUGGUGUUACCUUAGUAUUCUAUGACCGUGCUUAUAGGUAUCUUGCUUAUAACACUGUAUUCCCCGUACGUUUGCCCUCAAAUACUGAUAGCUUCUUUUUCCGGUGUAAUCAUAAUGGUAUUACCUUGGGUAUAAGCUUGGUCAACCUGCUAAUUUUUUUUCGUAUCAUACGCGGAAGGUGACUGGUGAGUCUUGGACGCCUGGGUCUCGAGGCUGCGCGUCCUAACCCAGCAAGCAAGUGACUGAAGAUGAACCGUCGCUCGGAGCGUCCGCCCGGCUCAGAGCCGCCCGUGGAACUGGAGAGCCAGUUCGUCCUGCGCCUGCCAGCGGCGCCGGCUCAGAGCCUGCGGCACGCCAUCCGCGAGGGCAUGACCACCAUCAAGGACCGGCUCUUCAUCAGCAUGGAGUCGGACAUGCGGCGCGGCACAGUGCGCUUUGACAACUGGUACCUGCCGGCCAAGAUUGUUGACCUGCCCACCAUCACGGAGUCCUACAAGACUAUCGAUGGAAAGAAUUUCUACAAAACCGCCGACAUUUGCCAGAUGAUGCUCUGUAAGGAGGAUGAGGACGCCUCGGACGACGAGUCGCCGAACAAGAAGCGACGCGACCCGAGCAAGGUGGAGAAGAGGUACCUCUACCCGCACGGACUCACACCGCCGCUCAAGAACGUCCGGAAACGACGCUUCAGGCGUACGCUGAAGAAAAAGUUUGUGGAGGUUCCGGAGAUUGAGAAGGAGGUGAAGCGGCUGCUGCGUAUGGAUAACGAGGCUGUUAAUGUGCGCCACGAGGUGGUCGACGAGGAGAAGAAGCAGCUCAAGGACGAGUCGGGCCUGCCGACCGUGGCCAGCAUCAAGGAGGAGCUUGGCGAGCACGACAUUUUCGGCGAGGAGCUGAGCGACAGUGACGAGGAGGCCGACCGCAGUCUGAAUCGGAUGGACGACCCGGAGGACUCGGCCAUGUCCAACUCCAAGUUCUCCGUCGGCGACUCCAACAUGUCCAACACGAUGGACACGACCGGCGACGUUCAGGUGAAGACCGAGUUCGACAGCAGCAUGUUUCCGCACGCCGAGUCGCCGGCCAAGUCCACACCGUCGCCAUCGGGUAUCUCCAUCAAACGCGAAUACCCCGAGUCGCCGUCGGAGCUGGAGGAGCAGCUGCAGCAGCUGCAGCGCCGCAUCUCGGACGUACAGGCGCAGCGCGAGGCGCAGCAGGCCGAGAUGGCCAGCAUCGAUAACCAGGCGCUGCGCGAGCGCUUCCGCGCCAUGGUGGACGACCUGGCCAACAUGGAGGCCGACUACCGGCGGCAGUACGAGGAGCUGCAGCAACAGCGCGCGUAGUGCGGGUGCAGGUGCAGUGUGCCGUGCGCCGGGCCGUGCCACUCAGCGCUCGACAGACCGGGUCAGUUCAGCAGACCGCGUCACCGGAUAGUCCAACAGACCGGGUCAGUCCGACAGACCGGGUCAUUGGAUAGUCCAACAGACGGGGUCACUGGACAGUCCAACAGACCGGGUCACCUCAGCUCUGUGGGCGAUAUCCCGACAGGUCGCUGCGGUCCCCUCAUCGAGGUUUCCAUCAGACACUGUGUUUAUGGGUGAGAGCAGACACCGGGGGCCCUUUAGACACUGGCCACGGUCUCAGGGCCCAUGCCUUACGCCGACUACGGUCCAGGGGCUCUUGUCUUACACUGUCCACGAGCCUGGGGCACUUGCCUACCGCUGGCCACGGUCCAGGGGACGUGCCUAAGGCAGGUGACCACGGUCCGUAUUCGAUCCCUGCGUCACGAUACCCGGCGUUUGAACACUGUCGGUGUCGGCUCGGAGUGUGGUACCCUAUGUGGUAGUGUGGUGCCCUCGCCGGCUCCGUGGGCCGAAAUGAUAAUAUCACGGCUGACCCGGCAGCCGUCUGCCCUGGACCCGCAUCCCACACUCACAGCGUGGGUUGGGCCCUAGGAUGGGGUAGGCCCUGAAAUAUCUCACUCCGCAAGACAGAGUGGGAUGGUCCCUGGAUCGCUGUAGGAUGUUCACUUUCCCCUGAGGGUAUGGCGAAAUGGCCUGUGACCUCAGGUCAUAGCGCGAGGUUAGAACGUACCCGAUCUCUUCUAUGUUCACUUCGGACUUCCGAUACCACAAGUAAUGCAAAGUGUGGCAUUAAUGGAUGUGAAUAGUGAAGGUGUGCUGGAUGUUCCAGAAAUCGUUUGGCUUUUUACCAGCAUAACGCUAUGGGCGCAAUUAAAUGACCACCACAGUCGACACGCCGUCAGCUUCUAACAAACAAACAGAAUAGUGAAUGUCCCGUGCCGUGAGCAUUGUGAUGGGAGUACUAUAUUGAAAUGGCUAAAAGUUUUUGUGUUAGCUUAUAAGUUUUUCAUGGUGAAUAUCGUGUCCAGUUUGGUCAAUAAACAAUGGAAUGGUUACACUGGA